UUCGUCCUCGGUCCCUAACACUUCCGUCUCACUCCAUCCUUAUAUCGCUCAAACGCUCGCUCGCACCGCGCCGGGAAGCACGCACGCACGCCUCCCUGCACUGCAUCGGGCGCGCACUGCCGUCGCGACGGGGGGGUGGGGUGCAGGUUGAUGGCGAGCGGCGGCGGGGAGCACUUCCUGAGGCAGCUGAGCGCGAGCAACGGGGGCGCGGCGGCGCAGCACCUGCAGAGGCGGGGGUUGGAGGGGGAGGAAGAGCACUGCGGCGGCAGGAGGAGGGGCUCGAGGCGGUGGUCGUCGAGGAGGAGGGCGGGGAAGGGAGCUGGGUACGCCGGCGGGAAGGGCGAUGCCGCGGCGGCGGCCGCCGUGGCCGGGAGGAAGCGGGUGAUGGUGGUGGUGGACGACACCUCCGGGGCCAAGCACGCCAUGAUGUGGGCGCUCACCCACGUCGCCAACAAGGGAGACUUCCUCACGCUGCUCCACGUCCUCCCGCACGCCGGCGGCGGAGGGGGCGAGACCCCCUCCCUCGCCAACUCGCUCGGCACGCUCUGCAAGGCCUGCAGGCCCGAGGUGGAGGUUGAAGCACUUGUGAUCCAAGGACCAAAGCUGGCCACUGUCCUCAGCCAAGUGAAGAAAUUGGAGGCGUCCGUGCUUGUGCUCAGCCAAUCCAAGCCGUCUCAUCUCUGUUGGCUGAGUUGCUUCCUGCGAAGCAGCAGCGAGGAGUUCGUCGAGCAAUGCAUCAACCAGGCCGAGUGCCUGACGUUAGCAGUGAGGAAGCAGAGCAAGGGCGUCGGUGGGUACCUCAUCAGCACCCGGUGGCAGAAGAACUUCUGGCUCCUGGCUUGACAAGCAUUCACAGGGACCAUUUAUUUUCUGCCCAGGCUUUCAAGUUUCUACAUAAUCAUAUUUUUACCCCGUAUAUCUGCCAUCCUGUCUUAACUGAGUGCAUCAUAAAAGCCCUCCCCGCUGCCAUAUCGUGUCACUGUGCAAGUGUGGAUCAUGCUACUGUUGUAAAGCCCAAAGGAGCCCUAGAUCUGACCAAACCUACUUCCCAUCUUCUUUUCAGUUUUCAGUGUGUGUAAUCUGUGCUGUUCUAUUGUGUAAUGUUGCAUAAAUGGCCGGUUUCUGUUGU